UCGCAGUGCUACACCAUGACCAAACCAGUUACCAACAAUCACUCUAAUACAUAAUUCAUUUGAUAUUAAAAGGAUUUCGUUAACUGGAAUUCCGAUAUUCAUUGAAAGGACUUUUUGCUUUCGUUUUGGAGUGCUGUACAGGGCAUGUGGACAGAAGCAACUUGGCGCAUUUCGCAAAUGCUCUCCAGUGUGGACGAGAAUGUCUUCCAACUCUCGGCCUCUCUCACCACCAGCAGCAUCUGUGCCAUGGACUCUCUGUCCACUUUUGCUAUCACCAUUAUCGCGGACACUUAUUCAUUGUUGGUCGACAUGUUGGACAAUGUUGAGUUAUGCUUUAUUCAGUUUGGGGAUCACGCCGUUAGUGUGACAGCUUGUGUUUUGGGGUACUGUGGCAACAUUUUGGACAACAUUUCAUCACUCUUUGGACAAUGUUUUGGAUUCUUGGAGCAAGUUCUUUCGGUUCAUAAACACUCUCUCUUCAUUGAUUUCACUUCUUCCUUCUCUACAAAAGACUAUGUACGUUUGGGUGCUGGUUUCUCCUUUGUGGCUUUGUGUGUAUCAGUUAUUUGGAUGGGACUUGAGAUGAGGGAGCAUCUAGGGCGGAUGCACAGGGCAGUGGCCAGUCUGGGAGAAGAAAACAGACACCUGAGGAUUAAAUUGAAUGCCGAGUUCAACACCUUAGAAGAAAGGCAGAAAGAGAAUGAGAGAGCCCUGACAGAAACUAGACACAAAUCCCAAGCCCUGUCCAUGUGGUUAAAUGUUUACACGGCCGAACUGUCCAGGAAGUUAGACAAGCAGUCUGCUGGACAGUUCGUUCGUAGAUCCCUACAGCGCCAGAAGUUGCUAUGAAUGUCACCUUUGUUCAAUUACUAUGUUAUUGUUGAUUAAAUAUAUGAUUGAUGUAUUAA